AUGAGGGCUCAAGCCACUGGCUGGUUCCAUCUUCUCCUCAGUGUUCAUGGCCAGCUCCUCCCUGGCUUCCAUGCUGGUACCGUCGCACGCCUUGGCGUCGGACCUUGUGCCGGCCUAGUUGUGCAUCUUGAUAUCACAGUCGGAAAUUAUCGUCAGCCACACACGCAUUUCAAGUUCACCAUCCGCCAUGGUGGUCGAUCUGUGCCUUUCAUGGAUCUGAUCGUCCCUCUUGACUACAUUGUUACUGCGAUCACCGUCAACAGCAUCGAUGCGGAUGACAUCAACUCUCUCGCACACUUCUGCAUGUUGAAUGCUAUGGACAUCUCAGAGUUCGCGAACCAUGUCAAGGAUUUCGAUACUCUUGGUGAAAAGCUGAAGAAUCUCUUUGUCAUCGAUAACUUGGAGUUCAAGCACAACAUCAAACUGUACCCUUCUACCACGCACAACAUCACCUUUGCUGUGAGUAGCCAGCUUAAGAAGAAAAGCAUGGGGCUCCUUAAGGCAUGGUCCUUCCAGGAAUUCAAGAACCCAUACGCAGAUUACCUCGUGGAUACGCGUUUCGGUUAUCGGGACCUGACAUACAAGAACGUGGGUGGGAUCGACCCUGACGAGCGACCCGAUCGUCCCAACAAGGCCUCAACCUACUUCAUGGGUGCCGAGCAUCGAACUGUUGCCUUGCUAGCUGGUGCCGCCAAAGAGCAAGAGAUGGUUGAUAGUCGUGCACUCGCACUUCUUGAUACACCUAUCCUAGCUGUGGUCUGGCCUGAUAUCUUCCCUUCGUGGGAACCACAGGACGAUGAUCUUGAAGUUUAUGGCAUCUUCUUUACCAUCUUCCAUACUACCCCCAGGUGA